CAGGGGGAGCCGUGCGGGCGCUGCCGGCACAGGGGCCCGCCGGGCGGGGCCUUCCGUGGGGGCUUGUGCCGGGCGAGCGGGGAGAUGCCCGGCAGCAAUGUUUUCUUAGCGAUUACUUUCUGCGAGGGUGUUCGUGAGUGUACUUACACGAGAGCUACCGGGACAUAAUGCUGCUUGUUGCGCCUCCGCCAUCUGCUAGAAAGCAAACGCACGUUUUCUUUGAAUUACUGCUCUUUUCUUAAAGAACCGCCCACCUCUUUACAUAGGGGUCAUCUCCCUGCGAGAGCCUGACAGAAUUAGUUCAUGUCGGCCAGGUAUUUCUUGUUUACAGGAGUAAAUUAACUCCUUUCGUAGGGAAGACCUUAAUAUAAUAAAGACAGCCAGUUUCAGGAGGAAUUGUUGCACUGAUAUGCUGUGUUUACCUCGGAAGUUCGGGGAAAUUGCUUUGUUUUGUCUCAUCUCCGUCACUUUGUGCUGCCUCUUCUGCUUUCAGUUUAGUAAAAUAAAAGGUGAUUCUUAGAUUUGUUGCUUCAUUUAAGUUCCCUUUGCUUCUUUGACAGAGGAGGGUCCUCUUUAAAAUUCUGUUUGCGUGCCUAGUGUUUGCAACUUCGAUCUGUCUUAAACUACCACGUUCUUUUUUAUUUCCCCCCAGUAUGAGAAUGGCAGAGAUGGCGUCCUCAGACCUGGAAGAUUUAGCUCUUCACAUCAACACGAAGAUUUCAGAUGUUAAAAGGACUCUUCAGUUAAGAAAUGCAGGUGAAGAACCAUCCUUCAAAUCCAUGCUCGGUGAAAUAAAGCACGAGAUACUUCUUGUGAAAGAUCUCCUGAAUAAAAUGGAAAUGGAAGUUAAGGAUCACAAAGAACUGAAUGAUUUGCUAAAAGAGCUCCAGAAGUCUGCAGAGAGCCAAGCAAUGGAAGCAAGGCACCUCAUUGAAAAUAUUCCUCGCUGUCUGCUAAAACCAACACAGAGCUGGUAUAUGAAAGGUCGUUUAACCUGUGAUCAGGUUAAUGCAGUUGUUAAAGGUAUAAACAAGGCUGUGGCAGACAAGUACAAGAUCCUGCAUCAGCCUCUGAGAUCUUUGAAAGCAGCAGCGAGGAAACUCUACAACAGGUUCCUGGAGGACGAAACUGCAGAAUCAAAAGACGUGAACUCCUUUGUUUCAUCAAUGCUGAAGGUCAACGCUGCAAGAGACCUUCAGGCAGGACAACAUGCAGAAGGCACAGAAGACAGCAAAUGUCAGAGCCCAGCAUCUCUGCUGCUAAAGAUCACCAGUGCCAAUGAGAAUGAGUGA